AUGGCGCGGUGCGAGCGUCUGCGCGGCGCGGCCCUGCGCGAGGUGCUGGGCCAGGCGCAGGGGGUCCUGUUCGACUGCGACGGGGUGCUGUGGAACGGCGAGCGCACGGUGCCCGGCGCUCCGGAGCUGCUGGAGCGGCUGGCGCGGGCCGGCAAGGCGACGCUGUUCGUGAGCAACAACAGCCGGCGCGCGCGGCCCGAGCUGGCCCUCCGCUUCGCGCGCCUGGGCUUCAGGGGUCUGCGCGCCGAGCAGCUCUUCAGCUCCGCGCUGUGCGCCGCGCGCCUCCUGCGCCAGCGUCUGCCGGAGACGCCCGACGCGCCCGGAGCCGUGUUCGUGCUGGGUGGCGAGGGGCUGCGCGCCGAGCUGCGCGCCGCGGGGCUGCGCCUGGCGGGGGACCCCGGCCACGACGCGGGCGGCGGCGCGGCCCCGCGCGUGCGCGCCGUGCUCGUGGGCUACGACGAGCAUUUCUCCUUCGCCAAGCUGAGCGAGGCGUGCGCGUACCUGCGUGACCCCGACUGCCUUCUCGUGGCCACCGAUCGAGACCCUUGGCACCCACUCAGCGACGGCAGCAGGACCCCGGGCACCGGGAGCCUGGCCGCUGCAGUGGAGGUUGCGUCGGGACGCCAGGCCCUGGUGGUGGGCAAGCCCAGCCCCUACAUGUUCCAGUGCCUCACUGAUGACUUCAGCGUGGACCCUGCCCGUACACUCAUGGUGGGCGACCGCCUGGAGACCGACAUCCUCUUCGGGCAUCGCUGUGGCAUGACUACCGUGCUCACACUCACAGGCGUCUCCCGCCUCGAGGAAGCCCAGGCCUACUUGGCAGCCAGCCAGCACGACCUCGUGCCCCAUUACUAUGUGGAAAGCAUUGCGGACUUGAUGGAGGGGCUGGAGGACUGAGCCCACCCCACCUACAACCCCAUCUCCCCACCCCCUGAUCCCGUAGCUGGAGACUGUGAGUCACAUUCGGUGACACCCGGCCCCCUGGCCCUAGUGUCUGCAGCCCCAUGAGGCUGGCACCCAGUAAGGGUCGUAGGUGGUUCCUUGCACCCUCCCAGCCAUGGCUGGGCCCUGCUUCUCCAGAAGCUGCCCUGUGGCCGCUUGAAGGGUCACCCUGGCCCAACCCCACCAGGUGGCCUUAUUUCCUGCCCUGUCACUUCCAUUCCUUGAAAUAUGGGCCCUGGUGUCAACUGAAGUUUUUCUAAACCAUAAGUUACCCCCUCCCCUUCCCUGGGACCCCUAAGGCCAGCCUGCUCCUUGGGGCCUGUCCUCUGGUCCUUGCUGACCAGUCAGAAGUCUGAGGAACCACAGCCCAUUACUUUCCUGAGUGGACCAAUCAUGACUAUGGUAGUGACUCUUGGAUCCUCAGUUUGUCAACUAGGAACAAUGGCUCUUGCAUGGCCUGGAAUCCCAGUUGACCCAUCAGGACACCAGGAAAUGACUCACUGGCCUCUUAGAUCAUGAAUAGAGUAAUCCAGAAGCCUGAGAGAGUGGCCUCUUGACAAUCUGGGUCCACCUGGACCCAUCCAAGGGCUCAAGUUUCAGGUGUGGUGGCUGCACUUGGGAGGCUGAGGCAAAAGGAUUGCUAUGAAUGCUGGGCCAGCCUGGGCUACAUAAAGGGGCCAAGUUUGAAGAUGCUACUCUUCAGUGGCUCUGGGGUGCUGUAGAGAGGCCUAUGCCUCCCCUGUCAUAGUACCAGCCAGUGGUAAUGGUGGCCACAGCUUGGGAGGGAUCCCUAGUAUCCCCCCUUACAGUGUUCGACAUGUCACCUCUCCCCAUGCCCACUCCCAGCUAUUUAUUUAUCUAUUUAUUUAUUUAUUGUGUGCCAGUGGGGGUGGGCCUUCGUGCCAAUCCACCCCUGUUGUAACCAGUCCCCAAGCUUGAUAGAGUAUGGAUGGGCGUGUGGGUGUGUGUGUGUGUGUGUGUGCACCUCGCUCUAGGGCGGGGGCUGCCUGAGCCUGCCUCCCUGAAGCCUACCCUAUCCCCAACCCUCCCAGCAAGAAAUGUUGUGUCCCACCUUUACAGUGCUCUCUGUGCGUGCAAAAGUACUUUGACGUAGUUUUUGCAUAGCUGAGUCUUUACAUGCUGUUUUGUUCUCACCUUUAAAAAAAAUGGGCUGAGGAAAUUACCUAACCAUUAAAGGCACUUGCUUGCAAAGCC